UGAUUCAUCGUUGUUUCUCACAAAUAAAGCAAAAAAAACUUUUUUCCUUUAUAGUUUUUCUGUGCAUCUGUUAAUAAAUUUGUUAAAUACAAUGAGUAGUGAGCAAGUUAAGGAUUCGAAAAUGAAUGAAAAACUUAUAGCUGAGUUUCAACAGCUCCGCAAUGAGCAAAGAAACCUGGUAAACAACCUAAAUACAUUGGAAAUGGAUCUUAAAGAACACAAAACUGUGAUAGACACUCUUAAAACUGUGGAUCCCGAUCGUAAAUGUUUUCGACUAAUUGGUGGCGUUUUGUGUGAGCGUACCGUAAAAGAAGUCCUACCUCAACUUGUAGAAAAUAAGGAUUUUAUUGAGAAAACCAUCACACUGGUCACAGACGAUUUAACCAAAAAAGGAGUACAAAUCAAUAAAUUCAAAGAGGAACAUAAUAUUAGAAUACGUGGUGAACAAUUGGCUGGUGAUGGUCAGAAAUCACAAACAGAUGAAAAGAAAUCCGAAAAUCGUAAUGUAUUAGUAUCCAAUUGAAGCUCUUUAAUAUAAACAACAAUGAAUAACACGAAGGAGAGUGAAAUUAA